GCAGCUCACCCCGUCUUCCUGAGGCUCCACAUACAGCUCAUCACCGAUCCUGGACAGAGAGUGGAUGGCUUUGGCCAGCACUGGACGUUUGAGGAACACUGCCGUGCACCAUCUCUCCUCCCAUCAACGUUGAUGUAAAUGGCCGUUGCUGAAGAGGUGUGACUAAAACAACAUUUGGGCACUGAAACCACGUAAGAGAGAGACACGACGCGACGAGACGACAGUCAGCAAUAGUUUAGUUUCUGCCUCAACUUUGUGCUAAAACAACACAAAAAGAGAGAAACUGCUGCUGAAACUUUUGUGGAUUAUGGAGGAGUGUGAAGAAACCAUGUGAAGAAACAACCUGCCCGGAGAGGAAGAAGAAUUUCUAUCCUCGCUGAGGAAGUUAAAUUAUAAGAGAUGGACCUGUCUAAAUAUUUGCAUUGAAAAACUGUUAAGAAGAUAAUGGAGAAAGACUGGAAUAUGAAAACAGAGGGACACAACCAUCAUCGCAGUCUUAAAGGGUGACGUGAUUCACACACAGCUAUUUUCUCCUGUCAUGGUCUCCAGUCUCUGUUUCAACACAAAACACAAACCUGUGUGCAAUCCAUCCCUGUUCAGUGGACUACAUUGUUAUGUUUACACACUUAUUGUUGUGAUGCUUUUCGGUGACUUCUGGAUUUGACACACAACAGUUCUGUUCCUCGAUGUCUCGGUCAAAUGAUCAAAAAGACACUCAGGCCUUGCUGCAGUCUAUGCUGCAGAGACUGAAGCUCCAGCCGGGAAGAGAGGGCCAGGCGUACCUGCACACACCUGUACCCGCCUCAGCUGCUCCCACACGGGGGCAAGAUGGAGAGAGAGGAGCCUCGAGCCUCCAAAAGGGAAACAACACUCCUGUAAAUGGCUUUGGUUCUAAUGGUAUCACCUCAAAAGAGUUCGGGAUCUCUGCUGCGGACGGGAACUUUGGCCUCAAAGGCGAGGAGGUACAGCGACCAGGUCAUGGCUGUGAAGUGGACGGGGGUGUUGUCUUCCCCUCCCAGAAAGACAACAUUGAUGGUCACACAGGACAGGCCACUCAGCCUGUGAUCACCUCAACAGGAACAUCGCAGCUGUCUCCUGAUAAAGCACUUAAAGACGCUAAUGUCACUUCCUCUGUGAGGAGUGACGGGGAGAGGGUGAAUUUUGGCAACUUUGCAAUGACAAGGAACAUUACUAGUGAUAAAGAUGUUGUCACAAGCACGGGACAGAAUCACGACCAGAGUUUUACUCCCAAAGUCUACUCGUGGUCCUUGAAGCCCACAAACACGGGGUCAAGUCAAGAGGUGUUGCAUAUGGGAAAUGGAGGAUUUGGAACUUUGGCACAAAGUAAAGACAUGCAGAUUGUCCCGACAAACAACAGCUUUAGAAGAAAACAGCGAUCGUCUGAGAAUAAAACGAGAAGAUGGACUCAAAAGAUCAAGGAGAGAUGGAGGGACAGGCCGGGGAGCUUUGGCAAGAAGGGGAAAGAAGGAGGGGGAGCGGACCAAAAGAGUGUAGGAACUGAAAUUUCAUCUCAAAACCAGCUAUCGACCGCAGAAACUUUCAUCACAUCAAAUAAGGAGGAAGAAAGGACACUCGCCUCACAGGACAUCACAGAUCCCAGUAACACCCCUCACACAGAGGACGCCACUAACGAUGGAUAUAUGAGAUCUAUCGGUGACUUUGAGUUCGGCCUGGGCUCCUUUAGCUUGCUUGACGAGAUCGUCACGGGUCAGAAGUGGGCCAAGUUCCUUAACCCCAACCUAACAGUCGCCUCAGCCAAUCAGGGACCAUCAGAACUCAAAAUCCCACCACAUCCUCAUGAUGGUGGUCAGUUAUCUCUGAUUUUGAACCAACAUGAAGGUGUGAACAGGCAUUGGAGCUUCAGGGGAACUGAGGAGGCAUCACCAACUUCAGAUUUCAGCAUGGCACAAAUGUCACCUGAUGCUUUUCAACCUGUCAGCAUGGACGUUAUGGAGGGAAAACCAGCUGUGGAGCAGGGUGAGGCUGAUCACUCAGAGCCAAUGGAGCAUGGACAUCUCCGCAGACCUCCUUCAUCUCUACAGCCUGCGGAUAUUCUGAACAAGUCAGCGCUGAGGAGCAGAGUCAGCCUCAGCAGGAAGAGACAGCAUCAGUCAGCCGACAAUAGAGAGGAGAGGCUUCAAACACAGAAAAUACAGGAUGAGAAAGACACACGCCAAGAGGGGUCCGAAUCUCCAAUGAGCCCAACAAGCAACCACGUGAUGGAGGAAACAGGAGAGUCACAACCUGAUAACCUGAAGCCUGUAUACAUCCUAAAGUCUCCUCCUCCUCCUCCUCUCUCUCCAUCUGUUCCUUUUGCUCCUGCACCCCGAGGAGUCCUCAAACACUCCAUAUCCCAUGAUUCACAGUGCUCAAUGGAGACAGAGACAAAAAGGAGGCGAGUCGAGGAGAACAGGCGGGUUCACUUUUCAGAGGCGGUGGUGACCAUCGAGCCUCCAGAGCUGGAUCUGGAUGCUACAGACUCGGAGGAGGAUUCAGGAGCAGAUGAGGACUCUGUGUUGGAGCAGGACAGUGAGGAGGAGCGGGCAGCGAUAGAGGAGGUGGCAGCACCGGCACGCCGGGCCGCUCUCCCAGCCUGGAUACUGGCUCUGAAGAGGAGGAACACAGGGAGGAAGCACAGAUAGGGACUGUAAAACUGCCAGAACUGCAGUCUCACUGACUUGUGUGUCUUAAAAUGAGCUCUUUCUGGACACUUAAAGCACCUCUGAGUGAUGUCCCGCUCCACACCACCACCGUUCAAAAUGAAAGCUGAUGACAGUAUUUAAAGCCUUUGCAUCUGCAGCCAGAAUUUCUCUUUCAGUCUUGAUUAUCAUUUUAGCUGCACAAGUAGAUUUAGUUGAUGGAGUAAAUAUUAUUCAAACAGCUUUUACAGCUUUUAUCAGAGAUGUUGUCAUCCUCCCUCUCACACUGACCAGCAGCAGACUGUCUCUGGGUAAUGGCUCCCCGACCGGCCAUCCUGGAAAUUAACCCCAGAGGAGGAAAGAGAGUUGGAGUUAAAGCAGUGGCUGCAGGCUGUCCGUGGUUUCUGAUGGUCUGCUGCUCUCUGAUCAGCUCUUGAAAUAUUGAAACCUUAUUUUGAAGCCAUUUCGUUCUCUCAUGUCUGUAUGCGAGUGUAUGUUUGAUCCAGAGUCUUCGCCGGCUGCUCGUCUGACACAUAAAUGCCUGUAAAAGCUUCACUGUGUCAUUUUUACACUUCAGUUUUUGUAUGCAUUAAACAAAUUAGAUGAUA